UUAAGUCAGUAGCCCUUACUCCUUAGACAGUCCCCGUCCUUACAGGCCUACUCGAUAGUCUCAAAAGAGUGAAAUUAACCGUUACGAAGUGUAAACCCCACCAUAGUUGAUAGUAGAGCAUGAAUAUGAAAGGGAGAGAAUAACAGAACUCUUCUUGGCGCACAAUUCGUGAAUUCCGACCACCAUUUUCACGACCUUCAUUCAAAAUAUGCACCAUGUCCACCACCAAAACCCUAACCCUAAAAACUACCGAACUUUAUCUUCAACCUCAAAACAUUCAUUCUCACUCUCUCUCACCAAUUCCUUCAAACUUCCCUCUCUCCAAACUCAUCCCUAAAACUCGCUUCAUCAUCGAUGGCUUCCGAAAUUCCGGCGAACAUUCUCUCUCUUACUUCCUCUCUCACUUUCACGCCGAUCACUAUUCCGGCCUCACUUCCACGUGGAAUCGCGGCAUCAUUUUCUGCUCCGAAAUCACCGCUCGUCUCGUCGUCAAGGUUCUAGAAGUUUCUGAAUUGUUUGUUUUUCGUUUGCCGAUGAAUGAGACCGUUGUAAUCGAUGAUUGUGAGGUAACCUUAAUUGAUGCUAAUCAUUGUCCUGGUGCUGUUCAAUUUUUGUUUAAAGUUCCUGUUAUUGGUGGUAAAUUCGAACGUUUUGUUCAUACUGGUGAUUUUAGGUAUUGUAGUGAUAUGUCACUGACACCUGUUUUGAGUGAAUUUGUUGGUUGUGAUGCUGUUUUUCUCGAUACGACUUAUUGUGACCCGAAAUUCGUGUUUCCGUUGCAAGAGGAGUCGGUUGAUUAUGUAGUUAGUGUGAUAGAUAGGAUUGGUAGUGAGAAUAGGAAUGUGAGGAAGAGUGUUUUGUUUCUUGUUGCAACUUACGUUAUUGGAAAAGAGAAAAUUUUGUUGGAAAUUUCGCGUAGGUGUGGGUGUAAGAUAUAUGUAGAUAGCAGGAAAAUGGAGGUUUUGCGGGCGUUGGGUUAUGAGGAUGAGGGCGUGUUUACAGAGGAUGAGUCGGCGAGUGAUGUUCAUGUUGUUGGGUGGAAUGUGUUGGGUGAGACUUGGCCGUUUUUUCGGCCUAAUUUUGUUAAGAUGAAGGAAAUUAUGGUUGAGAAGGCGUAUUCAAAGGUUGUGGGGUUCGUUCCUACUGGAUGGACAUAUGAAGUGAAGAAAAAUAAGUUUGCAGUCAAGACGAAAGAGGCUUUUGAAAUUCAUCUGGUGCCGUAUAGUGAGCAUUCUAACUAUAAUGAGCUUAGAGAAUAUGUUAAGUUUUUGAAACCAAAGCGUGUAAUUCCUACAGUAGGCUCUGAUGUUGAAAAUGUGGAUAGUAAACAUGCUAUUAAGAUGCAAAAGCACUUUGCAGGAUUGGUGGAUGAAAUGGCCAACAAGCAAGAGUUUUUGACGAGUUUUUAUCAUGUACCCCAGGGAAGAGAAAAAGUCGAGGUAGGUGAUCUGGUGAUUGAGUUGGACAAGGAUGUAAAACAUCUCCAAGAGGAGUUUGACGUGUGUGACAUGAAGGAAGAUCAUCAAACUGGUUCCAGUUCUAUGGGCAAAACAAUACAUGAACCUGGUUCACAAGAUUUAACCUCGCUUACUAAUACGGAAAAAGAUGAAAUCCUGCAAGAGCUUCGCGAUUGUUUGCCCAUUUGGGUUUCCGUAGAUCAGAUUGUAGAACUCAUCAAAAUUUAUGGUAGAAAUGUUGUUGAUGCAGUUUCUCAUUUUUACGAACAUGAAACAGAAUUUCAUGAGCAAAGUGGAAAAUCUCUCCCGUCAUCUCAGUCAAAUUCAAAGAGUCCAAAUUUUAGUCUUGAUGAGACCAGUCUUGAGACGUUGGUGGAGUCACCUAAGCAAAACCUCAAAUUUCCACUGUUGAAGCAGUCAGUUGCAAGCAGUGUUUCUCCUAGAAAAAGGAAGAGAAACUCAGAGAAUAAGAAUAAUAAGAAGGGAAAAGUUAAAUCUAAUCCUGAACCUGGUGGCAUAAAGCAAUCUACAAUAACUAAGUUCUUCAGUAAAAGUAGCAGUGUUUGUCAGGGAAGUAUUGCUGUUCCUUUGUCCGGGAAAAGCUCCGAAGACCAGAGUUUAUCUUCUGUACUUUCAGUUAAACAGUACGAGGAAGAGUUGGAACAAUUUAUUCAGAUCAUUAAUGGCAGUGAAUCAAUGAAAGGAUAUGCUGCUGAACUGAUCGAAAAGGCGAGAGGAAAUGUCGACUUGGCACUGGACAUGUAUUACAGUAAAUCUGAAGUUAACCCCGGUGGUAAGCAGAAAAGGCUAGAUGCUAGUAGCAAAUCACUAACAUGUGAAGAUCCAGAUGCUAAUUUAUCUAGCCAAGGAAAAGAAAGUUCUGAAGCUAUGAAGAAGGUUUAUCAUGAAGAUUUAUCGGCGGAAAAUGUUGCUGUUAGCUAUGUAUCACUACUGCCAGAGAAGUAUUCUCUUGUAGAACAUGCUUGCUGGAAGCAAGGCCAGCCUGCUCCGUAUAUACACUUGGCACGGACUUUUGAUCUUGUUGAAGGUGAAAAGGGGAAAAUUAAAGCUACAUCUAUGCUUUCCAAUAUGUUUAGAAGUUUACUGGCGUUGUCUCCUGAGGAUGUUUUACCUGCUGUUUAUCUGUGCACGAACAAGAUUGCCGCUGACCAUGAAAAUAUGGAACUAAACAUCGGUGGGAGUUUGGUUGCAUCUGCUCUUCAAGAGGCAUGUGGAACCAAUAGAGCUAAGAUAAGAGAAAUGUAUAACAUCUUUGGUGAUCUUGGUGAUGUUGCUCAAGAGUGUCGGCAAACACAAUCUUUACUUCUUUCGCCUUCUCCCCUUUUGAUUCGAGAUGUAUAUUCUGUACUUCGAAAAAUUAGCAUACAGACGGGCACUGGAAGCACAAGUAGGAGGAAAAGCUUAAUUGUCAGUAUGAUGCGAUCUUGCAGAGAGAAGGAAAUGAAGUUUCUUGUCAGGACUCUGGUGAGAAACCUACGGAUUGGAGCCAUGAUGAGGACAGUUCUUCCUGCAUUGGCUCAAGCAGUUGCUCUGAACUAUUAUGACGAAAAAUCAGUUAAAAAUACAAAAGAAUUGCUUCAGGACCUUUCUGCUGCUGUUGUUGAAGCUUAUAAUAUUCUUCCAGACUUGAAUUUAUUGGUGCCCUCUCUGAUAAGCAAAGGCAUAGAGUUUUCCACCACUACUUUGACUAUGGUACCAGGCAUUCCUAUCAGGCCCAUGCUUGCUAAAAUAACUAACGGAGUUGAGCAAGCACUAAAGCAAUUUCAGAAUAAAGCUUUCACAUGUGAAUACAAGUAUGAUGGUCAACGCGCCCAAAUUCACAAACUUGAUGAUGGUUCUGUGCGCAUCUUUUCAAGAAAUGGGGAUGAGACGACAUCAAAGUUUCCAGAUUUGGUGCAGGUUAUUCAGGAAUCAUGUAAACCUUGUGCAGAGUCUUUCAUUAUCGAUGCUGAGGUGGUUGGAAUUGAUCGCAAGAACGGACACAAGUUUUUAUCUUUUCAAGAAUUAUCUGCCCGAGAGAGAGGUGGCAAAGCUACAUUGAUUUCAUUGGACAGAAUAAAGGUUGACGUCUGUGUCCUUGCAUUUGAUGCCAUGUUCGUCAAUGGAGAGAAGCUGUUGGCUUGUCCACUUAGGCAAAGACGGCAGUGUAUGAAAGAUAUUUUUAGAGGGGAAAAGCAGGGGUUUUUUGAGUAUGCAAAGGAAAUAACUGUUGAAGCAGAUGAAGCUCGUCCAGAUUGUGAAGCCAGUUUGGUAAAGAUAGAUGCUUUCCUUAAAGAUGCAUUUCUUUCCUCUUGUGAAGGCAUCAUGGUUAAAUCACUAGAUGUUGAUGCUGGCUACUUUGCUUCAAAGCGUGCUGAUUCAUGGUUGAAGGUAAAGCGGGAUUAUAUGGACGGAGUGGGGGAUUCCCUAGAUUUAGUUCCCAUUGGUGCUUGGCAUGGCAGUGGAAGAAAGGCAGGAUGGUAUAGUCCAUUCCUUAUGGCUUGUUACAAUCCUGAUACCGAGGAAUUUGAGAGCUUGUGCCGUGUAAUGACAGGUUUUUCUGAUUCUUUUUACAAAGAGAUGAAAGAAUUUUUUUCUGAAGACAAGACCUUGACCAAAAAGCCCCUAUAUUACCGAACAGAUGAAGUUCCUGAUAUGUGGUCUACAGCUGAAAUGGUCUGGGAAAUAAAAGGUGCAGACCUCACUGUAUCACCUGUUCACAAGGCUGCGUUCGGAAUUGUUCAUCCUUCACGAGGAAUAUCUAUGAGAUUCCCGAGAUUUAUCCGUUCGCUAUUGGACAGACGACCAGAAGACUGCAGUACCUCAACAGAUGUUGCUGAAAUGUUUCAUUCUCAGACUCGAAAAAUGGAUGUAACUGGUGCUCAUUGAAAUUUUGGUCUACAGAUGUACAUAAUAUAUGUGUAGUAAUAGUAGUACAAUUAGAUACUUCUCUUUUGUCAAUGAGCACUAAGUAAAGCUUAAUGUAAAUGUAAACUUUUGCUAGUUCUGUAAAUAAUGAAGAACUAAUUUGGUAUUA